AAACCGAGGUGGGAAAGUAAAUCCUAAAUAGCGCAAUUUAGCAGCGAUUGGUGUACGGAUCGCCACUCUCGUGUCUCCCAGCUUUCGGCACUACGGGAGUAGCUCUCCAAGUUGUCCGAUCUGACAAAGCUUCGUCGAAUCGAACUCCCAAACGCCAAACCCUCGUUCCCCCAAGCAAAACCCAAGCUUCGUUUUCCAUAGAGAAGGCGUUGAAUUCCUUCCGCAGGCACGCAAAUGGACGCAUUAAGGAGGCAGGCGAGCAAGUUCAAGGAGCAGGUGGCCAAGCAACAGCAGGCUGUGAUAAAACAGCUUAGUGGGAGUGGUUAUGAAAGUUCUGAUGUGAUGGUCAUCGAUGAGGUUGAGAUGCAAAGACAUCACCAACUAGAGAAAUUGUACAGGUCUACUCGUGCAGGAAGGGAUUUUCAGAAAGAACUUAUUAAAGCAGGAGAAGCAUUUACUGCCGUGGGGUAUAAGAAUAUUGAAGCAGGAACCAAAUUGUCUGAAGAUUGUUUCAAAUAUGGAACUGAGAACAUUGACGACAAGAUUCUAGCUAAAGCUGCAUCUCUAUAUGCUGAUGCUCGUAAAAACAUGGUAAAGGAGCAAGAAGAUUUAAACAAGCAAUUUUAUUUAGAGAUUUUAGAACCGUUGAGAGCGAUGAUAACUGGUGCUCCUUUGGAGGAUGCUCGUCAUCUUGCUCAACGUUAUAGCCGAAUGAGACAAGAAGCAGAGGCACAGGCUGCAGAGGUUUCCAGAAGACAAGCUCGGGUGAGGGAAGCUCCAAUUCCAGAAAAUGUGGCAAGGCUACAUGUAGCAGAAACUAAAAUGCAGGAACUGAAAGCAAAUAUGGCCGUACUAGGCAAGGAAGCAACAUCUGCAUUGGCUGCUGUAGAAUCGCAGCAGCAAAGGUUGACAUUCCAGAGGCUUGUUGCAUUGGUUGAAGAAGAAAAAUCAUACCAUGAGAGAGUAGCUGCCGUUCUUGGUGAGGUUGAAGCCGAGAUAGUUUCAGAGAAACAACGGAAAGAGUCAGCGCCCCCUGUAGUUUCAUCUAUCAACAGUUCAGAGAAAACAAAGUACUUCUUGGCUGAGGCAGUGCAUCCUUUUGAUGCUGCAUCUGAGAAGGAACUGAGUUUGGAAGCCGGUGAUUAUGUUGUUGUUCGGAAGGUGAGCCCAUCGGGAUGGUCAGAAGGAGAAUGCAGAGGUAAAGCUGGCUGGUUUCCAUCAGCAUAUGUGGAGAAACGCCUUAGGACUCCCACCACGAGUGCAUCCGCUGAAGUAUUUUGAGCUCCCUCAAAGUGGCUGGUACUUGAUUUGGUUCUUUUCGAUUCGAAGCUAUGUUAGGUGCUUUACAAACUGUGUAAUUCUUUCGCUUGGUCUUUUUUUAUUGGACUCCAUGAGGAAAACCAGUCUUUUUCUGAUCUUUUCUAUUGCCUUGUGUAUUUUUUCAUCCUUUCAUUGAAUGUAUGUCACAUCAAUUGCCGAAACACUCUGUUUUUUACUUUUUGUUCUUUGCAACAAAUGAAUUUGGGAAACAGUUUUCAUUUGAUUC